AUGAUCUACUCCUACUAUGGCAGCCAGGCAAUGGUCUACGGGCCGCCUGGUAAAGCCGGGGGCCGACAUUGGUCACUGGGCGGUCCAGUGAGGAAUAUGGAAGACGACAGGCUAUCGUUGACCUGGCAGAGGAGGUUCAUUGGUUUUGACGCGCUUUCUAGUGUCUGGAUCGGGUAA